UCUGGCAACGCUGUGCGCCGGCAUCCGGCGCCCCUAGGAAACUUCCGGUAGCGGUUCCUUUGGCUCGUUUUUGCUGGUAGUUGUUGGCUCGCGCGCUCGUCCUGUGCGUAUUAUGUGUUAUUUUGGGGGUUUAUCAAUAUCAGUGCGACUUGUGGCAUUAACUGUGUUGCGUGACGGCGAGUAGCUCUCUGGAGCAUUGACUGUUUUCGUUACUUUCAAUCCUCAACGGUGUUUUCCUGGCUGUUGUUGUUGCUGGCUUGAAAAUGCAUUCCGAAUCGUACAUAUCACCUGUGAAACGUUCAAGGAAGGGUUCGUGUUGUGUCGUGCCAGGGUGCAGCCUUCGCUCAGGAACCAACCUCCUUUCGAAAGUUCGAACAUUUAGGUUCCCUGUCGAGGCUGACAGGAGAAACGCCUGGAUAGCAGCGGUGCGCCGGGACAAGUGGCAGCCUACCAAGAGCUCCCAGAUUUGCUCUGCUCACUUCAUCCAAGGCCAGCCGUCUUGUGAUCCAAAUCACCCGGACUACACCCCUACAGUGUUUCCGUAUAGAGCACAAGGAAACUCUGGGCAGAAGAUUGCAAGGUUUCAGCGUGCUCAAAGAAAACGUCCUUUUGAACGAGCAGACAAUGUUGCUGAUUCCAGUUCCGACCCUUCAACAUCCACGAGUGACGCUAAUGGCCUCUGUGACAGUCCAAAGAUGUGCGAUGGUGAAACACAAACAGAACUCACCACAAAGGACAUUGCAGUUCUGCUACAAGAAAAUGAGGCGAUGAAGCAACGUCUGAGAGAUAUGGAACACAGCUCUGAACCUGCUGAAAAGGAAGAAGCGAUCAACCUUCCAGAAAUUACACGAACUGUGGUGAUGCAGUCAGAUAAAACUUUGAAGUUUUACACAGGGCUAGUCUCUGCUACAAUGUUCAGGGCUCUGCUGCAGUUUGUGUUGUCUAUUUGGACACCAUCAAAUACAACAAGCCUGGAUGCAGAGCAGCAGCUGCUUCUGGUGCUCAUGAGACUGCGUCUGGGGCUGCUCACCAAUGAUCUUGCGUACCGAUUCGGCAUUUCAGUAGGUUCCGUGAGCGUCAUUUUCCAUUCAUGGCUUGAUGUUCUAGCCACGAAUUUUAAGAAGUUCAUCAUUUGGCCAUCCCGACUAGCACUACAAUCUCACCGCCUGCCAGCUUUUGAGGACACAUUAUUUGACAACCUAAGAGGUAUAAUUGACUGCACAGAAAUAUUUAUUCAGCGCCCAACUGCUCUGGAAGCUCGGAGUCAGACCUAUUCCAAUUACAAGCACCACAAUACUGUGAAGGUACUUGUUGUGAUUUCACCUUCAGGUUCAGUAACUUUUGUGUCCAAGGCAUGGGGUGGAAGGGCAUCUGACAAAGAUAUCACACUGCGUAGUGGAGUGCUAGAUAUGGUUGAGGAAGGGGAUUGCUUUCUGGUCGACAGAGGCUUCCGAUGUGAAGAGAUGUUUGCUGCUCGAGGUGCAACAAUACUGAUGCCCUCCUUGACAAAAAAACGACCACAGCUUUCAGGAGGAGAGGUAACAACAUCAAGAAAGCUCUCUCGGGUUCGCAUCCAUGUUGAAAGAGCUAUUCAACGACUGAAGCUCUUCAGAUCGCUCCAAGGUGUGCUACCGGUGAGCUUUGUUAAAAGAUCAAGUGACAUGGAUUGUGCAACAAUCGACAAGGUGCUAGUCGUCUGCAGUGGGCUCGUCAACCUGCAAACUCCUAUCAUCAACAACCUUGAGAAAGACAUUACCAUGGAUCAUGAAGCAGCAUGA